AACGUCACACGGGCGCUGGAACUCCACUAAGUAGUGAUGAUGUUGUGGUUGUUCAUGCCGCCAGCUCCUCUCUGAGUGUCAUCUUACUUAGGAGAAGACCCUCUGUGAGAGUUCACCACGCAUGGCGUUGACCUCGGACCGUGCGGUGGCAACACUGGAGAUGUCGCAGAUCAAAAGCAAAGACGAUGAGCCUUUUAACAGUGACGGUGACUACGAGAGCUUGCCACCUCAUGUCUCAGUGGCGACCCACAUGACAGCGGGCGCCGUGGCUGGUAUACUGGAGCACACGGUGAUGUAUCCCGUGGACUCUGUCAAGACAAGGAUGCAGAGUCUGCAGCCAGACCCCAAUGCACAGUACAGGAGUGUGUAUGAGGCUCUGAAAAGAAUCAUCCAGACAGAGGGAGUCUUCAGACCGCUGAGGGGCCUCAACAUCACCAUGAUGGGAGCCGGACCUGCCCAUGCGCUCUACUUCGCCUGCUAUGAGCGGGUCAAACGCUCACUAAGUGACGUCAUCCAGAGCGGAGGCAACAGCCAUUUAGCAAAUGGUAUGGCAGGUAGUGUGGCCACUGUUCUCCAUGAUGCAGUUAUGAACCCAGCUGAAGUGGUAAAGCAGAGGAUGCAAAUGUACAACUCUCCAUAUCGUGGACUUUUGGACUGUGUUCGAACGAUAACACGUACUGAAGGCAUUGGAGCCUUCUACCGCAGCUACAGCACACAGCUAACCAUGAACAUCCCUUUCCAGGCCGUUCACUUCAUGACCUACGAGCUGAUGCAGGAACAGUUAAAUCCCCACAGACAUUACCAUCCUGGCAGCCACAUAGUGUCAGGAGCAGCAGCGGGAGCCGUCUCUGCAGCAAUAACCACUCCACUUGACGUUUGUAAGACGCUGCUCAACACACAAGAGAAUGUAGCGCUCAACUCCAUGAACAUCAGCGGCCACCUGACAGGAAUGGCUAACGCCUUCAGGACAGUGUACCGGCUCGGCGGUCUGACAGCCUUCUUCAAAGGGGUCCAAGCGAGGGUUAUAUACCAGAUGCCCUCCACUGCCAUUGCCUGGUCAGUGUACGAGUUCUUCAAGUACUUCCUGACGAAGCAGCAGCUGGAACAAGAGCCAGGACCUGGCCAGCUGUAAUGGAAAAUAUGUUACAGCAACCCACACCUAGACUGAUGAAAGAAAACUCCAACCUGAACGUGUGUGAGCUCAACAUGUUUUUCCACUGUUGAGGAAAUGAUAUUAAUUAUUGUCUCACAGGGAAGUCACCAUGAGGUAGAGGUGUGUAAGAGAACGACACUUCUCAUGGGUCAUUAAGAGUUAGGAUGAUGUUGCACAACCAGGAUAUGCAGAGAGAUGACUAUUCUUAAAGGGACAUAUAAACAGAGUGUCAUCUUCUUCCUCCUCCAAUCCACAAACCCAUCAACCACAACUCUCCAAACUCUCUUCUCUACAUGUGGUGAUCGUAUAAUUAAGUUGUCUUGAAUGAUGUUUAUAAUUCUUAAUAUUGGAAUGUUUUAUUUAUUUUGCUAGCUUUCUGAGGCUUGUAUUUUAUGGAUGCGGAAGAAACACAAUGGUGUUUGUUUGUUUUGUUUCAUGGUCUAUUUAUAAAGAACCAUUACAACACAUUCCUUAUUUCCACUCCAUGGCGGACAGGACAGUUGCGCUUUCCAAGUGCCUCAUAAAUAUUAAACGCUGCUUCACCUUUUAUUUCUUUUUUGCGUACCUGUUUGUAACAGAGAAAAUCUUUCCACAUUUUUUUUUGGUCCAAGUUCUAUCAAAAAUGCGCACAAUUCUUUUACAAAAAUCACUCUCUGGUUCUUAAUGUUGUUAAUCAUUUGUCGAAUAUGAACAUGCUAAACCAGAAGGUGCUUUGGGUUUUCUUCAGUUAUUGUCUCUGCACCAAAUGGUCAGAAGCCAAUUGGCAGAAAUUCUCUUGUUCUUUUGUAACUGUUUUUUGCAUUAAUUGCAAAAUACUACGUUUCUCCUACCCUGAGAGAGUCUCUUUCUCUCAGCGUCAAAGUGUGUAGGCCGUAACGGUCCAGUUAUUUGCCUUGUUAAAGCGCAGGACUACAACUCUCCUGAAUCACGCACAAUAACCAGUUGCAGAAAGAGGGCAGCUUGUGUAUAUGUAUUCAGACACAUGGAUACAUAUAUUUUGAGGGUGGCUAUUUCUGAGAAACUUUGAUAUGCAGGUCCAAACGUGGAUCAAAUAAGGCUGUUACUUGAGAUGAUGGCCACGUCUCAACCUUUAUGUGCAUUUGUACUGGUGAGAUGUGUAUAUGUGUCAUAAUGACCUUUAACCUUUAACCAAAAGGUUGUAGAUUGUAUAUAAAAUAUUUUUAGAGUCUAAGUUUGUCUGAAACUUAAAGUGCAGACUUCCUGUGAUCCAAAAUGUAACGCUAUGACUUUAAUUCUGCUUUGAAACUGACCAGUAAUGUUGGGCACUCUUUGUUACCAUGAGACCAGUAAAAUCAGCUGGUAAGCAGGCAAUGCAGUUUCUUUUAUUUUCACUCAUCCUGUUGUAGUUAAACAUUUCCUGUGUGCUCACUGCUCUCUCCAGCCUAUUGUCUAUUUUUGAUUCUGUGGUCAAGACAUUCCUCCAGAUAUUGAUGUAAUCCAGUAAGCAGCCAGAUUUAUUUGUUUUUAAUUAUGGAGGUUUUUUUCUUACUCUGGAAAAGUUCAGAGAGUUCGACAAGAUUACAGUGGUCUCACGACCCCCUUAACAACAUAUUCUUUGUGCUUGUACAGUUAAUAUACCAAAGACAUGCAUUGUAUUCUAUGCAUCUUACUUUUGAACCUGUAUUGAUGAUGAUGUGUGCCUGCCUGCUGUUAAUUUUUCUCCCCCACAUAGUUUGCGCCUAGAGUAGGGUUAAGUUACCUCAUCACUUGAAUUCUUCAGUAGCUUUCAUUUCGCUCUAGAGCUCUUUUCAUCUGCUCCUCACUGACUGCUAAAGUAUCUGAGCAAAAGCAGUUAUAAGUGUUUAUGUUAUUAGGAAUAUUUUGGAAAGUUUCAGUAUGUUUGGAAGAUUACAUUGUGACCUAAUUUUUAUUGACUGAUCAAUUGAUUUAUAUUAUAUGAACUUAUAUUGAAUAUAGUUACACGUGCAAUAUGAAUUUCGCAUGAAUAGAUAAGAUGUUAAGCUUGAAUAUAAAAGCAGCUUAAUUACCAUUGGUUCAUACAGCUGUUUCAUCCUAAGUCUACCCAUAGUUACAGAGUGUUGCCCACAUUGUGUUGUUUUUUUUUCAUCUGGAUCCACUGACCAAACUACUCUUUUAAGUUUAUCACAUGAUAAACAAAAGUAAAAUGAAGCCAUUAUACUUGCAGUCAACACUGCUUUCGUUCCUGCAUCAUUCCUCUAAAGUGUCUGUUCGUCAUUGAGACUCAUAAUUGAAAAAACUGUGCUGCAACACGUGUCCAAGUACUUUUAACAUGAUAAAGAAGUGUUUCUGAUAAAUACUUACAUUUUAAAGGAGAGAGUAGAGCUGAUAUUCUGUGUGGGGAUUUUCAUAAUGUAAAUAUUUUUAUGCUAUUUACGCACAAAAAUGAUCAAAAUGGGAGUUUGGAUAAUUUUUUGCUGAGUGCCAUCUCCAGAACAGGAAUGCUUGGAAGUUUGACCAUGCAAAUAUGAUUGUAAUAAUGCUGCUACAGUAUGUAACACUGGAGCUAAAAUAAACAUGCAACUAAGGAA